AUGCCUUCCACAGAGCCGCCUCGUGUUCCACGCCUUCCACAGAGCCGCCUUGUGUUCCACGCCAUGCCUUCCACAGAGCCGCCUCGUGUUCCACGCCUUCCACAGAGCCGCCUUGUGUUCCACGCCAUGCCUUCCACAGAGCCGCCUCGUGUUCCACGCCUUCCACAGAGCCGCCUUGUGUUCCACGCCAUGCCUUCCACAGAGCCGCCUCGUGUUCCACGCCUUCCACAGAGCCGCCUUGUGUUCCACGCCAUGCCUUCCACAGAGCCGCCUCGUGUUCCACGCCUUCCACAGAGCCGCCUUGUGUUCCACGCCAUGCCUUCCACAGAGCCGCCUCGUGUUCCACGCCUUCCACAGAGCCGCCUUGUGUUCCACGCCAUGCCUUCCACAGAGCCGCCUCGUGUUCCACGCCUUCCACAGAGCCGCCUUGUGUUCCACGCCAUGCCUUCCACAGAGCCGCCUCGUGUUCCACGCCUUCCACAGAGCCGCCUUGUGUUCCACGCCAUGCCUUCCACAGAGCCGCCUCGUGUUCCACGCCUUCCACAGAGCCGCCUUGUGUUCCACGCCAUGCCUUCCACAGAGCCGCCUCGUGUUCCACGCCUUCCACAGAGCCGCCUUGUGUUCCACGCCAUGCCUUCCACAGAGCCGCCUCGUGUUCCACGCCUUCCACAGAGCCGCCUUGUGUUCCACGCCAUGCCUUCCACAGAGCCGCCUCGUGUUCCACGCCUUCCACAGAGCCGCCUUGUGUUCCACGCCAUGCCUUCCACAGAGCCGCCUCGUGUUCCACGCCUUCCACAGAGCCGCCUUGUGUUCCACGCCAUGCCUUCCACAGAGCCGCCUCGUGUUCCACGCCUUCCACAGAGCCGCCUUGUGUUCCACGCCAUGCCUUCCACAGAGCCGCCUCGUGUUCCACGCCUUCCACAGAGCCGCCUUGUGUUCCACGCCAUGCCUUCCACAGAGCCGCCUCGUGUUCCACGCCUUCCACAGAGCCGCCUUGUGUUCCACGCCAUGCCUUCCACAGAGCCGCCUCGUGUUCCACGCCUUCCACAGAGCCGCCUUGUGUUCCACGCCAUGCCUUCCACAGAGCCGCCUCGUGUUCCACGCCUUCCACAGAGCCGCCUCGUGCUCCCCGUCUCCUACUACCUGGUACGCUGUGAAUGCUGUCCGUCACCAUUGCAGAUCACAUACACAUGA